CUGCCGAAGAAUUAACAGGAUGCUAUCCAAUGAAUCCCUACGUUCUCCUGCAUUCACCCGCUCCAACUCACAAGCCUCCAUAGACAGCGCCUCCAUGGAGGAUUUCUGGCGGGAGAUAGAAAGUAUUAAAGAGAACAGCAUGGCAGGGCAGGAAGGGCAGCCGCCAGCCGAGGCCAAGCCUGUGGAUGAAGGUGAGCUUGAGGCAGAGUGGUUGCAAGAUGUGGGGUUAUCGACUCUGAUCUCCGGUGAUGAGGAGGAGGACGGCAAAGCCUUGCUCUCUACGUUGACUCGCACCCAAGCAGCUGCAGUGAAAAAGAGAUAUAACACCUAUACCCAAACCAUGAGGAAAAAGAAUAAGCAAUCUGUCAGGGAUGUCAGAGACAUCUUUGGAGUCAGUGAAUCUCCUCCAGGUAAUACUUGUGACAACCAUACUACACAGUUGGAUGGCACCCAGGAAGAAAAAGAGCUACCAGAAAUGAUCAAAGCAAGUGUUCCUAUGCCAGAUGAUGCUUCUCUCAACAGUACUACCCUGCCCGGUGGGUCCCAGGAUGAAGAAGGAAGUCUUGUGGUCUCCAAGAGUGGCUCCGUGGCUAUACUUGAGACUAUUCCCGAUAUACCAGUUCAUGCCAAUGGAUCACCGGAUUGUGGACAGUCAGUUGAGAAUGCAGUGAGUGAUGAUGAUUAUCUGGAAAAGAACAUUUCACCAGAGGCUGAAGAGCUUUCGUUUGAGGUAUCUUAUUCAGAAAUGGUUACAGAGGCUCCAAAAAGAAAUAAACUUAAGAAGUCAGAGAUAAAGAAAGAAGAAUAUGCUUUAACUAAAUUUAUUGUUCAGAAAACUAGAUUUGGCUUAACUGAAGCAGGAGACCUCUCUGCUGAAGACAUGAAGAAAAUCCGCCAUCUGUCUCUGAUUGAAUUGACAGCCUUUUUUGAUGCCUUUGGAAUACAACUGAAAAGAAACAAAACGGAGAAAGUAAAAGGACGAGACAAUGGAAUUUUUGGAGUUCCCCUUACAGUCCUCCUGGACAAUGACCGAAAGAAAGACCCUGGAGUGAAAGUUCCCCUUGUAUUACAAAAGUUUUUUGCGAAAGUUGAGGAGUCAGGUCUGGAAUCUGAAGGAAUUUUUCGCCUUUCGGGAUGUACUGCCAAAGUCAAGCAAUACCGUGAAGAAUUGGAUGCCAAGUUUAAUGCUGAUAAAUUUAAAUGGGACAAAAUGUGCCAUAGAGAAGCUGCAGUAAUGUUGAAAGCAUUUUUCAGAGAACUACCCACCUCUCUCUUCCCUGUGGAAUAUAUACCUGCCUUCAUCUCACUACUGGAAAGUAGGUGGAAGAAGUUAAAUGUGAAUGGACUAAGAUACAAGGUCAAUAAAGUCACAGUGCAGAAGAGAGAUACAUAAUCAAAUGCCCUCAUGACAUUCUUCAACAAAGUGAUUGCCAACGAAUCAAAAAACCGAAUGAGUAUAUGGAAUAUUUCUACCAUAAUGGCACCGAACCUUUUCUUCAGUAGAAGCAAGCACUCCGAACAUGAAGAGUUACUGUUGGCCAACACCGCAGCGCACAUCAUCCGCCUCACGCUCAAGUACCAGACGAUUCUGUGGAAGGUUCCGUCGUUCCUAAUCACUCAGGUAAGAAGAAUGAACGAAGCCACCGUGUUGUUGAAGAAGCAGCUGCCCAGCGUGAAACGCCUGCUGCGGAGGAAGACCCUGGAUCGAGAGGUGACAAGCCCCAAGACUUCAAAGGUACUACAAAAAUCACCCUCUUCAAGAAGAAUGCUUCAAGCCUUGCACCUUAUGGUCAUGGCGCUGCCUGAUGCCAACAGGGAUACAGCCCAG